AUGUCUUCUCGAUUCGAAGAAGAACUCAAGCGAAGAGAUAACUUCAACACUCCGAAAGAUGGAACCAACGUUCAACAACCUGGUUGUUUGGUAUCUAAUGUGAGAUGCAAUCCUAACGCCAAGAAGGUAUAUCUCAUUCAAGCAGAUUAUUUUGCUACAAUGGUCAACGCUCAGGUUGCUAAAAUUGUGUUGGAAGAGGAAAUGAAUCAGUGCGUGGAAGUUAUUCGACUUCCAAUCGAUAAGGGGUUAGAACUCAUGGCAAGCAAUGGCCACAAUGAAAUGUAUGCCAUGCUUGAAUACUGGUACUUGUCUAGAAAAUUUCAGUACAUGAAAUAUGUAGAGUCUCAAAAAUCAAUUAUAGAUGCAGGAAAUCUUGGAGUAUUUGGAAAGCAUGGCUGGUUUAUAUUAUCACACAUGUUGGAUCAAUAUCCUGGAAUUGAUGUGUAUAGAGAAUAUCGUACUGACACGGCAGCCAAAUAUUUAGCUGAAAACUCUUCAUCGAAUGUUGGUAGAUUUAUUGGCCCAUCCAUCACAUGGGUUUCGUAUGAAAAUCAAAUUAUCAGCAAUUUAAAAUUGAAACUCGAGGUUCAGUUUGCUCGUAGUCGUGAACCUGAGGAGGAAAUUGUUGGCAAAGUGUUGAGUGCAAAAGCACGCAAAAGCACUGCUCUAUUCUAUUUAUGGUAUCCCCAUUACUUGUUCCAUAUUGUACAACUUAAGGAUGUUUAUUUACCUGCCUAUAGCGACAGUUGUUGGACUGUGUACAACCAACAACAUGGUCUCAUUGAUUGUGAUUACCCUACUGAAAUACUUAAAAAGUUAAUUUCACCUGACACAACCAAUAAUCCUGCCUUGCUGCAUUUCUUCAACAAAUUCUCCUAUGACUCCAAAGAUCAAGUAGAAAUAAUGGGUGAUGUUGUUUGGAAUAAUAUGAGUCUUUGGGAUGCUUCUUGCAAAUGGAUUCGAAAUAAUACAGGUAUUGUGAGACAAUGGAUACCCAAGUCAGAACCACAGCAGAAUGCAAUUAUUAUUGGUAGCAUUAUUGGAUCAGUGGUGGCUCUAUUGGCAGUCUGCUGCAUUCUGUUUUUUGUUGGUUUACUAUUCUUCUUAAUGUAUAGAAAAAAGUUGAGAAAAAGGUUGAUGCGAUUUGCCCCUAGGUCAUUACCCAUUACAGUGGUCUUUACAGAUAUUCAAAAUUCUACACUAUUAUGGAAUCUAUUCCCAGAAAAGAUGAAAACAGCCUUAGAAAUUCACAACCUUCUCAUGCGAGUGAAUAUUGAAAAAUACCGUGGAUAUGAAUGCAAAACUCAAGGAGAUUCAUUUAUGAUUGCUUUCGACAAUCCAGUAUUAGCAUUGGGAUUUUGUUUGAGUGUUCAACGAGAUUUACUGCAUGCAAACUGGCCACUCGAAUUAUUGGACCAUGACGAUACGAGAGAAGUGAAAUAUGAAGAGCAGCUUGUUUAUCGAGGCCCUCGUGUGAGGAUGGGCGUUCAUUGUGGUAGCGACUGCGAAAUACAUUUGGACAAAACCACAAAACGAAUUGAUUAUAUUGGAAACACAGUAAAUAAGGCAAGCAAAAUUGAGAGCAUUGCUGUUGGAGGACGAAUUUAUUGCUCGGAAGAAUUUAUUGAAGCUCUAAAGCAGAAAUUGGUGACUCAACACAUGACAGCAAAUAAGGAAGAAGAUUCUGUGUUAAAACUACUAUCAACCGACAGUAUUCAGUUUAAAGCACUAGGUGUAGAAAAAUUGAUAGGAUUAGAAGGUUUUCAUUCGAUUUAUUGGGUGAUGGAUCUGAGAUGUAAAAGAACUCUGUAUACUCAACAAUUAGAACUUCCAGGACUUAAUAUCUUUAAUACAGAAUUUAUGAAAAUUGGAGAGUUAGAACAAUACAUUUUAAAUCCAACCUCUCUUGACGAAGAUGCCAAAAGUCGACUAUUAUUUGAUUUGUUCAGUGUGCUUAACAAUGGAUUGUAUGACAUUCCAACCGAGGCAUGGAGCUUGAAGCCAAUUCACAAUUUGUUUUCAAUCGUGUACCAAUAUAUUUACGCACGACUGAAAGAACUAAUGGGCUGA